AACCUCUUUCAUCAGCCCACCACCUCCACAACCCAAGUCUACAAGCUGCAUAUCUCCGAUAACUCCGUAAAACCCUCAUCAAUUCUGAAAAUUAGGGUUUUAGCAAAACCCUAAAAAUCACAUAGCGACUCCAUUAGAGCAGAGCUCAAAACUCAGAAAUUUACAGAUGGGUAAGAAGAGAAAGCACACGGAAACCCUAGAUGCAGCUGCAGCAGAAGCAGCAAAGAAAAACGAUUUCGCACCAGAGAGGCCAAAUAGAACGUUAACUGGUUGGAAAAACAAACCUCAGGAGGAGAAUGUAGAGGAGAAAGAAAAUGGUGAACAUUUUUUCCGUAACAAAGAGAAGGUUCUUAUAACUUGUUCUCGUCGAAUUAACUUCAGGUAUCGACAUUUGAUGUUGAACAUAGCGUCGCUUUUGCCGCACUCUAAGAGAGAUAAUAAGGUUGAAUCGAAGGAGAGUAAAGGUGCCACUUUGAAUGAGCUUGUUGAGCUUAAGAAUUGCUCUUCCUGCUUGUUUUUUGAGUGCAGGAAACAUAAGGAUCUUUACUUAUGGAUGGCCAAGAGCCCAAAUGGUCCAUCUGUUAAAUUUUUGGUUAAUGCAGUGCAUACGAUGGAAGAAUUAAAGCUCACUGGGAAUCAUUUGAAAGGUUCACGUCCUUUACUAACAUUCUCAGCUAAUUUUGACAAGGAACCACGCUGGAAGCUUUUGAAGGAGUUGUUGUUGCAGAUAUUCCAGAUUCCAAAGGAUCACAGGAAAUCAAAGCCUUUUCAUGAUCAUGUAUUUGCCUUUACAAUCCUUGAUGACCAUAUUUGGUUUAGAAACUACCAGGUAACUGUUCCACAUAAUGAACCAACGAAAAUGGACAGAGGCGGCUUGGACAAGAUGACCCUUACAGAGGUCGGCCCAAGGUUCUGUUUGAAUCCCAUCAAAAUUUUUGGUGGAAGCUUUGGUGGUCCAACUUUGUAUGAGAAUCCCUUUUAUAUUUCACCAAAUCAGAUACGAUCUUUGCAGAAGAAACAGAAGGCUGGCAGAUAUGCUAAGAAAGUUAAAGCAAAGACUAAGAGAAAGAUGCAUGAACUAUCAAACCCAAUGGAGCGUGAUGAGCUAGCAGAUAUGUGGAAAGAAUGAUGAGUGAUAUGCUACAUAUAAGUUUUUGCUAUGGUCUUAGAUUAACAAGGAUUAUGUUAUAUAGUUGGAAAUUCAUAUUCUGUUGUACUUCCAAUAGAAGGAUGGACUGGGAAUUUUUUUUCCAAAUACAGUAUAUGAGCUGAGGUGCAGGAGGGGAAAUUCAGUUGAGUAAGCUUGUGCAAAUUCUGUACCGAGUUUCACUUCUUUUUGUAGCAAAUAUUUCAAGUUUUGUGCAGCAAGUGAUGGCUUAUUUUUGCUGUUAUUCAUAA